CGGUGCGACACGUUCUUUGAAAACAAAGAAAAAAUACCAAUUGAAAAUGCUAAUUUGUCGAUUUCUUUCUACUAUUGUAAGUUUCAUUUUUAUCUGUGCAUGUCGAAGUUUUAUAAUUGACACUGAUUCUGAAUUUGGAAGAAAUUGUGAGUCAAACACACUUGGAGAUAGGAAUUGUACUUUUGUCGUGCCAAAUAAAUGGAGUCUUUUGAAAUUCAGAAAAUGGCUCGACAACGCGAAUGGAAAUGUCAGAAACGUCAAUCUUGAUCUUACCUGUAUUGAUGGUGGAAUUGUCUUUUUACCAUGGCCUUUCAGAGCAAGGAAUCUUCGAAGAGUUCACGUGAAAAAUUGUUUAAUUGAUGGCUACUACUCUGAGUACAAUGUCAACUCAAAAUAUCCUAACACGGUAAAAGACAUGGCUCUCAUAGACGUGGCAAUCCUCACUGAUAUCAACCAGUUAAUUGAAAUAAAUCUCAGUGACCCAUUGGUGAAAUCAAGCACCUGCGGACAGGAAACCAACGUAUGGUUCAUCCAAAGGAACGUCUCGUUCUCAUUUGUUCCGACGAAAUCAUCUCCUUCUCUAAACCUUCUCCAAGAGGGUUUCGACUCAUUGGCGGAAAAAUCUAAAGCUCAACCCUUUACCUGUAACUUUGAAGAUCUGAUUUAUCUUGAACAUACAGGUAGUAACAGUAUCUCAAAGAUCCACUUUGACACAAUGACCGAUCAUUCCGUUUAUCCGAAACUCAAAGUUUUUAAUUUUUCCUCAAAUUAUCUUUUAAGUAUCCCCAAACAACUAUCGAAAUGGUGGAAUUUUUUCCCUGCCCUGCGCUGGCUUGAUCUCUCGAACAAUGAAAUUCAAUCCUUUUCCUUCGAACAUCCUGAUGUCAGCCAGGAGUCUUUGUACAUUAAUUUAGCAAAUAACAACAUAACAAGCGUUCCAGCGGACUUACCAUCAUAUGUAAGUGGGAAAACGUCAGUUCUAAUUAAUCUUCUAGGUAAUCCUAUUCAUUGUGAUUGCCGUGCUAUUGCACUCAAACAGUAUCUGAAAUCACUUCGUCGAAGGGCUCCUCAAUUCAAAGGUUUGUCCAAUAUAAAGUGCCACUCUCCAAGUAAGCUUGUGGGAAGAAAGGUACGAACUAUCAACAAAGUGUGCUGAGGAAAUUGUGAUUAAAAUGUUUACAGUUUUGACUAUCCAUGAUGUAAAUCCAUAAUAAAUCCAGGUGGGACCGCACCACCAAUUUUAUUUGCAUUAUAUAUAUAUUAUGCUAUUUUAUUUGUAUACAUUUUUUUGCUUGUAAGUUUUGUCAAUAAAUAUAAAAAUUAU